GUGUCAAGUAGGGAGAUGCUGCUACGGCAUCUUCAUGUCUUCAUUUUCGGCAAAAGAAUCUGGCACUGGAGACUGACAAGAGAACAGAGCAGUGAGACAAGAUUGUAACAAGCCUGAGACAGUGAAGAAAGCACUACAGCAGACUCUUCAGGCUCUCUGGUGGACUGGUGUGUGUCUGGGACUACCUGCACCAUGAACAGCUUCAUUGUCGCAGUCCUUAUCUGGACCACAGUGGCAUAUGCUGAAGAGGAGAAGGCACUUGAAGAGAUCCAUGAGUAUGGUUUCCAAAAGUGCCAGAAUGCUCUGCAUCUACCUGUUUUGGAAGUGCUACCUGGAGGAGGCUGGGAUAAUCUGAGGAAUAUGGACAUGGGGCAAGUGUUGGACUUGACAUACAACAACUGUAAGACCACAGAAGACGGACAGUACAUCAUCCCUGAUGAUGUCUUUACUAUUCCUCAGAAAGAGAGCAACCUGGAGAUGAACUCAGAAAUCCUGGAUUCCUGGGAGAAUUACCGAAGCACUACUUCCUUUUCCAUUAACUUGAAUCUCGAUUAUCGUCCCAGAGUCAACGGCAAGUUCUCUUCUGAGUUCCAAAGGAUAAAAACCACUCAAGUGAGAGACCAGGCUGUAACCACACGAGCGCAGGUGAGAAAUUUGGUCUACACAGUGAAAGCCAACCCAAAUGCAGAACUCAGCUUGGGGUUUAAAAAGGAGCUCAUGGAAAUCUGUGACCGUCUAGAGAAAAACCAGACAAAGAUGGCCACCUACCUAGCAGAACUCUUAAUCCUCAACUAUGGCACACACAUAAUCACUAGUGUGGAUGCUGGGGCUACACUGGUUCAGGAGGAUCAUGUAAAGUCCUCCUAUCUUAAGAACAAUAAGGGAAAUCGUGCUGCUGUGGCUGCAUCUGCUGGAUUUACCUUCGCAAAGGUUGUGAACUUCAAUAUAGAGACAGGCUUUGAGUAUCAAAAUAACUUGGCCACAGGCUAUCUUCAAAACAGAACCGGUUCUAGGGUUCAGAGUAUUGGAGGAAUUCCCUUCUACCCAGGGAUGACCAUCGAAACCUGGCAGAAGGGCAUCAUUAACCACCUGGUGGCAGUGGACCGUGCUGGCUUGCCUCUGCAUUUCUUUAUCAGACCUGAAAAGCUUCCUGCUUUUCCACGCCACUUGGUGGAGCAACUGGCAAAGACAGUGGAAACUGCUGCGGAAAGCUAUUACAACUUUAAUACAUACCCAGGCUGCACAAAUAUCAACUCCCCCAACUUUGAUUUUCAAGCCAAUACAGAUGAUGGCUCUUGUGAUGGUAAACUAGUCAACGCUCCCUUUGGAGGGGUUUAUCAGUUGUGUCAUCAAAUAUCAGGGCAUGAUUACGAUGACCUGUGCCUAGAUUUCCAUCAGAAGAAUCCACUUACUGGUGAUUUCUCUUGUCCGUCUGACUACACCCCUGUCCAUCUGCUGUCUCAGACCCAUGAGAAGGGUUAUACUGGAAUGGAAUGUAGAAAUAAAUGUAUCCUCAAGAUAUUCUGUCGUACAUCGUGUAAAGAUGAGUUCCGAGUGGCCAAGGCUGAAGUUAGCACUUAUUGGUGUGCGGCCAGUAGCCAAGUACCAGAAAACUCAGGAAUUCUCUUUGGAGGAGUCUUCACUGACAAGAGCAUCAACCCUAUGACAAAUGAACCAUCGUGCCCAACCAGUUACUUUCCUCUGAAGCUGUUUGAGAACGUCAAGGUAUGUGUUUCUCUCGAUCAUGAGUUGGGACCCAAAUAUUCAGUCCCCUUUGGUGGGUUUUUUAGCUGCACACAAGGGAACCCCUUGUAUGGUUCUUUCACAUCUGGAGACUUAGAGAAAUCAUUUCUGCCAAAGUGUCCUGGGGGCUUCAGCCAACAGCUUGCUGAGAUCAUUGAUGGAUGCCAAGUGUCCUACUGUGUCAAGGCUGGAAUCUUUACAAGAGCAUCUCUGGCUCCUGCUAGGCUCCCACCUUACACUCAGCUACCUAUGAGUCAGCUUUCCACUGACUCAGUUGAGAUGACAGGUGAGAGUCCCAAAUCCUGGGUUAAGGACCCAUAUACCCUCCAAUGGAACCUAGAGGAGUCAACCAAAAGUGGUAGACUAUCAGGAGGAUCAACUGCUGCAAUCACAAUUGUGGUUAUCCUAGCAUUAGGAAUUUUAACUGCUAUGGCCAUCUAUGGCAACCGGAGGUUUAAGAAUAAAUCCAAUGGACUUCCAAGACAACAGGCAUUGCUUCCUUUUCCAAGAGUUAGAGUCUUUCCUGAUGGAGUGCAGGAUCCAAAUCCGGCUUAAUUCUUCCUUAAAGAAACAGUUCCUCUCAUCUCCAGGCACAGGUUCAAGCUCCUCUUUCAGUCCUUUCUCCUCUACCUCUGCCUUCCUAAGGACUAAAGCAGAAGUCGCAACAGAAAGAAGGUUCUUUACAACUUUGUGGUUAUGUUUAUGUCUACACAUUGGGAAUUAAAGGAUCUGUGCAAAUAAGGCGGGGGAAGGAAGACCUGCAACCCAGUUAGCAAAAACAAGCCCAGGUUCUCAGCCAUAGUCGGAAUGCUCAUUCCCAAACAAGCCACUGGUGUCUUCACCUGAAUCUCUGCAUGGAAGAACAACUGGGGUGGAGAGCAACAAGAACUUUGGGAUGAAGCUGCUCUUAUUGUGAAGCUGGCAAAGGUUUUCCAAUUUGUGAGCAGAACACUUUGCCUUCCCUGUAUCUUGUUUUGUAUUUUAACCUCUUAAAGACAACCCAAACUCUGAAAACAUGCAGACGGUCCAGUUCAGCCAGUGUUGUGGAGACUCCAAAACUCUGUACCGAUGACUGCGUCAUCUCCCUGUGUGCCUGAAGGGCGCAGAGUUCAGAACAAGUCCACUUUCUGUCUGCCGCACAGUUAGAAUUUACCUUGCUCAACCUAUUUUUAGACCAAUUUUAACUUAUGAACUUCUCAUGCAAUGUCAAAGGCAAAAGGGUGGUGGGGAACUGGAAAUAAAUCAAGAAAUGUAAAAACUGAA